UGUCCAGCCUUGUCGCACAGUGCCUCAGUGUACUCCGUGUUCUUGUUUUUUUUUUUUUCUCUUAGUGGGCUGAGUUUAUAUGUUGUGAUCAUGCCAGACUUCUUGUUGGGAGAGGAGCAGGUCAAGUUCAGACGUGUCCGUCAGUAGCGUGGCCUCAAAAAUAAACGUACUGUAAACUUUACACCAGCAUUCAUCUGCUGUUUCCAUUUUCAUAAUCCUCCGGUUUCUUCGGCUGGCUGUCAUGUGCCGCUGACUGAUUCCUGAGACAGAGCAUGUCAAGCUAGCUACCCGGACUCAAACAUGGAGGGACCCGAAACAGACGGAAAACACUCAGAGGGCUGUUUCGACAGGAGCUUCUCAGCUCUCACCGUGGACGAUGUCUAUGAAAUAGCCAAACUGAUCGGCACCGAGGUAGAGAAACUCAUCGACGGCUGCGGCAAAGACAGCGUGGUGGGUCUGGUACCUAAGAUAGUGAAAGUGCUGGAGCUGCUGGAGAGCUUCGCAUCGAGGAACCAUGCUCACAAACUGAAGGAAGAAGAGCUGCUUAAGACCUUCGAGACGAUACAGCUGCAGCAGCAGAAGAAACGUGCAGGGAAAGAAAGCGAGGAGGGCAACGAUAAACAUGACAUACUGCAGGAGCUGCAGCAGAAGGAGCAGCAGUGGAAAAGGAGGUGUGAGGAGCUCCAGGUACAGGUACAGCAGCUCCAGGAGGACAGAGAGGAGCUGCAGUGCAGGCUGAAGGGCAGUCAUGCACAUGAAGACCGUGUCCAGCGGCAGGAGCGAGAGGUGAUGCUGAAGCUAAAGGAGGUGGUGGACAAGCAGAGAGAUGAACUGAGGGCAAAAGUUCAAGAGAUUACCACCAUCUCCAAAGAGGUGGAGGCGCUCCAGGAGCAGUUGGAGCGCUUCAUGAAGAUGAACGCAGAGCUGCGACACAAACAGAACGUGCUGCAGGCUCAGCUGAAGAGCACGGUGGAGAGGAAGGCUGAUAUGGAGGCCGACCUGAAGGAGAAAAACAAAGAGAUCGAAAACCUCCUCGCACAGCUCGACAAAACCAACAGCAACCCUUCAAACAGCCAAGCUACUCGUAUGUCAGCUAAAAGGCAAACAGUUGACCAGAAGGAUCCUGAUCAGCCGUGCUUCACAAAGAAGGAGGUUCGCGAUAUCCUGUUUGAGAGGAAUGAGCUCAAAACCAACCUGUUCCUGGUGCAGGAGGAGCUCAACUACUAUCAGAGGGAGAUCCUGAAUGAAGAAAGAUGCCCAGGUUUCCUGUUAGAAGCCGUCCGCUCGGCCAUAAAUAAGAGGAGAAAGCUCAUUAAAGCGAAAAUGCUUGGGAUUCCUGUGAACGAAUGCGAGAGCAGUGACGAGGAUGAGAGGAGUUCUUUGUUUGGGCAGACACAAGCAAAUGGCACAGAAGUUGAUGGCACUGAUAAACCAGCUGAGUCACGCAUUCAAAACCUCUUUGGCUUCCUGACGCGGUCAGGCAGCAGCCGAAGCCCCACCCACUUGAGAAACUCCUCCUCCACCUGGGAGAUCAUAGAGGACUCUGAGGCCUCUAAUGAGAUGGAGCACCAUGCGUCUCUGUGAGCUGAGCGGUACCGACAACAGAGAGUCAACAGACAGCCUUCUCCCUACGGUUACAGUGUUUUUGUGACUCAGGACAAACCACGACAAAGACAUUUGAAUGCAGCCCUGAUGUGUGACACAGAGGCACUGUGUAAGUGUGAGGAAAGAGAAAGUGUGAACAUUUUUAAACAAACUCCUGAGAUUUGUUUUUGAUUGUUUUGUUCAUUCUUACUUUUCCUUUUUUCUCGUCACUUAUGCACAAAGUCCUUGUAUUUUGUCAUGGCAGUGCUAAAACAGUACAUGUACAUAUUGGAGUAUUUACAGUAUUUAAAGGCAUUCUUCAAAUCAGGUACAGUCAUCAUAAUAGUCAUUAUUUACAUACAGUCUAUUUAUAUAGAUCCAUAAACAGAUUUAGCAAAAACCAAAGACAAACAUCAGAAAAGUUUAUAUUCUGAGAGAAAAAACUAUCCCCUCUUUUCAAAAUUUGAAAUGAUAUUUGAGGUUCAGCUCUGCUCCACUAGAGGGUGUUUAUUUUAUAACUUUAAACAAGAUUUUAUCCCAAUCUGGUUUAUGAAUCUUUUACCUCAGUAUAGUGGUGUUUUAAAACCAUUUUAUGUAUUUUUCUUAAUUGAAAGCACUUUUAUGCUCAAGGACAGGAGAAGAACUUUGUCUUAGCGGUCUCUUCCAGCAGUGUUUGCAUUGUAACCCCCUGAGCCUUAACUCACUUGUGUGUUGUUUAAAAAAGACUUAAAUUUGCAGCAACUGAACAAAGUUGAUGCCUUUUGCUGGUUUUAUUUGAAACACUGCAAAAACUCUCAUCUAAGCAAGGCUAUUUGCCUGAUUUCUAGUAAAAAUGACUUAUACUUACUUAGAAUCACAGUUAUCUGAAAAGGUCUGUUAAAAUAUUCUUUAGAAUUUGAAAGAAUAUUUAGUUGGAAUUGCUCACAGUAAUUAAACAUUUUUUUCUGCAAUUGAGGCUGCCAAGAUUUAUCACAUUAAUUAACUCUAAACUAAAAUUAGUGCACCAAUUUUUUUUUGCGCAAUUAAUUGCAUGCUUUAAUGUCCCUUUCAAUACACAUUAGUUAAGCCACUACACCGUCUCCCUGCAGCCACAGUGAAGCAACUCUGUAUCCAAACUGUAGAUAAAAAGGGUGUGAUCAAUCGCAGUUAACUACAAAAAUCCUGGAAUUUCUCAUUGGAUGUCUUGAAAUGUUAUGUACCAACCAAAGAGUGAGUUCAUAACAUUUCUCAAACACAAGAAAAAAAUCAUUGUAAAUAGGGCUAAAUGAUUAAAAAAAAACAUGAACUGUUGUGUUGAAGGGAAUGAUCAGGUCAUUUCUCAUUUUUCAUUGGAAAAACAUACAAAAAAGGAGCGUAUGAUUUUUUGCAAACUAUUCUAGAAAAACUUGACAGUUGAAUGUUUGCAUAAUGUGUAAAGCAUAACAUCUGUGCUGCAAAAAAAUGGUAUUUUCAUACAGAUGUCAGGUUAAAAUAUUGCACCUUCUGUGAUACACAUAUUGGGAUAUAAUCUAAAUUUCGAUUAAUUGCCUAGUCCUACUUUUUACAAGCAAAUGAGGCAUUUAGGCUUGUUUGUUGAGUGUAGCUUAAAAUAAGCGUAAUUGUAUAUUUUGAUUGAAAAUAAAACAAAAAAAAAGUUGUUUAGAUUUGAGAUUUUGCAGUGUUAUGGUGCCAUGAGCUAACAGUAUGUGAGGACACAGUGGUCAGCUUUUGCAAAAAUGUUACUUUCUUGUUGAAAUUAAAAAUGAUUCUUCAUUUUUUUUAUCCUCUUCCUCCAUAAGCUGACACGUCACCAUGAAGCAAUCACAUUAGCUUUGUAACACUACAGCACUGAGACAAUGACAGGCCAGUGGUUUUGUAUUUACUGAAUGAUAAUGUCUGAGCUUACAAUCAUAUUGUCCUAGAAUACUGUGUUCAUGUUUUAUUUUUGUAGCCAUGUUUUAUGAGAGUCUUUGCUGCCGAACAUGUAUUUAAGAUGUCAGUUGCCAUACAAGUGCAUUUUAGUGAUUGAAUAUGAAAAAAAUUCUACGAAAAGAUUCAAUAAAAUCCAUUAAAUACCAAUGUGUAUUAAAAUCA